AUGCCUCAACUGGAUAAAUUCACUUAUUUCUUUCGCUUUACUAUUUUGCCUAUUUUCACAAUGCUACUCGGACGUUUUCUAGGAACGGGCUGCCCCGGGAUUUCCACCCUAUUGACUUUAUUUUUUUUAAUAGUUACCCUCCUCCUGAUUUAUCGAAUGAGAGUUUCGAAGAGAAAGAAGAGUUCUUUUCUUUUCUUCGUAAUUCUCAUUCUCAUCUACGUGUUAUGUACUUUCUCUAGGUCUUUUUUCAUUUUUAUGCUGGCAGGAAUGCCAAGUGCAUUCGUUUGGAAAGUCUCCUCCGAAAGUGGAGAUGCAACAAGUCUUCCCCCUUUGGAGUCUUCCUCAAGCAGUGAAUCAUUGGCUACGUUUAGAGCCGAAAUAGCAGCCGAGAACGAGGCUGAAAUUUUUACUCGCAUACGCAAUCUUGAGACCCAGGAUUACUACAACCUUCCUCCCCAGAAUAAUCCUGGGGAGUAUGAGGUUCUUGUUAGGGAAGAAUUCGAGCAAGCUCUCGAUGUUCCCCAUUAUAGAACGGUCCUGGAUAGAGAAUAUUUUGAACUCACAGUAUUAGAAAGAAAGGGUCUAUUGCAAGAUAGGCUCUUCCAUCUUAUGCUUGGUGAGCAAAAGAUUUCUCGUAUAAUGGAACUUUCUCCAUAUCAAAAUAUCCGUAUGGAGGCCUAUAAUUUCCUUGAGGCUUCUGUGGAGCCGGUGAGCGCUUUAGAGCAUCCUUUUCAGAAGGAUCUGAUGGAAGGUACUUUGAAUUUCUUUAUCAAGGAAUUAACCCAAAAUGGGAGAAAUUCCGAAAUCUAUAAGAAUUUUUAUAUACACUUCACAGAUGAACUGUUCCGCGUGAAGUUGGGAUUACCUCUCCCUUAA